AGCAUGAACAUCAAAUCAAAACUUUAACUCAACUUGACAGAUUUUCUUUCCCUUCAUCAUCAUCAUUAUUCAAAAACUCAACAAAAAAAUGAGUUUUAUGAUGAAAAUUCUCUUCUUCAACCUUUUAUUGGUCCACAUGACACUUUCGGCGCCGCUUGCAUCAACAACAACAGCAACAGAAGCGAGCACCAGUACAAGUGACGACAUCAAUCAAAGUUCGCUUUCUUCUUCCACGUCCACGGCAGUCUCCGGCACAACCGAGAUAAGUCACGCAACUACAAAGCAAAACGUAGAUAAUACAAAAGAAAUUAAUGAUAAAACGGGUACUUUUAAUAAAAUUAAUAGUAAUAAGAUAAAUAAUUACGAUAACGAGACGGCAGAAGCGAACGAAAUAAAAGACGAAAAAUACGAAAAAACCACUGUCGCCGUGGAAAAUGUGUCGCCGCGUGUCCCUUUAAUUAUUUUCGAGACGCAGAACAAAAGUGACCCGGAUUCGUAUAUCGAUGUCAUUAGUGACAAAGACACUACGAUCGAGAUAACGCUCACGUCGGACGAUGAAACGCCCGCAGGAGCAGCACCAGCGCCAUCUUCCGACGAUUACGAGUCACAAAUUCUCUCGUCGAUGUACACGACGCGUCUUCCCCCGGCCCCCGCUUCUCUUCUCGGCCUCAGCAACAACGAGGACGAGAUUAAAAUCAAAACCACCGAUAAAGAUUCCGACACGGUGUUCCUCAUUUCGAACACGGAAGUGAAAAUGAUGGAAUCCAAUCCGACCCCGUUUCCCCCGAUGAACUUAAACAACAACGAGGGUCCCAAUUUUAAUCCGAUUUCGUCGAUCGAGGAUGUUGUCAUCGAUUUCGCCUACAACAAGUCCUUUUCGAAUCCAAUGAGCAUCGAGCCAGAUAUCGUUCUGUCGUCGUUGAACACUUAUGAGAACGAAUACACGCGAGAGACGAUGCCUCUUAUUCGGGCAGUGGAUAGUGGUUUUCAGGAAACGAUUAAUUUCCAGGAUACGGAGCCGCAAUACGUGAAUCGACUCGUGAAAGAUGGCAGUUUGCAUAUAAAUACGCCGACGAAUUUGACGGUGCCGAGCAAUUUAACGAGAGAUGCGGAAAAUGAGCUCGUUUUGAAGAAUUUGACCGUGCCAUAUGAGCAAUUUGGAGGCAAUACAACAAUUUUCUUGGAUGCGGAUGCGAAUAGCAUUUUCAGUGGUCUCGAUGACUUCCAAACAGUAGUUGUGGCGUGUCUUCUGACUCUCAUCCCGCUCAUCCUGUUAGCAAUUCUCGCAAUCGCCAUUCGGUGCAUUUGGCAAAAAUACCGUCGAGAUUACGACACCGGAAGUGUACUCCUCGGCGAAUAUAAUAGUGAGUGCCAUCAAAAUGCCAAACCAAAUGAAUCAAUAACAGUAGAUAUCCAGAAAAAUAACGCCGUUACAGCCCAAGAUGAUACCACAACAAAUACCACAAAUAGUAAGCCCAAUUCUAUUAUAACCACAAACAAUACGCAACAAACCGUAGUGACAGACGAUAGUAAUAAGUGUCCAAAUAACUGUACAUCAAGAAAUGGAUCAAUUAUUAAGAUGACAAUGCAGAAUAAUCAUUUGAUUGUUGAAACUGAGGAAAGAAAUGACAUUUCACGGGAUGCGCGCGAGACAAAAUUAACGUACACAUCGCCGGAUAAAGACGGAAUUUUUAUUGUUGCGGCGACAAGAGGUGCUGACCAACUGGAGUCAUUGAAGACAAAUAACAUUUUAAAAGCAAAGCAAGACGAAAAAUGCGAAUUUCAUGAAAAGUGUGCGUCUGCGGAUGUGGCUGCCAAAGAAGAAGUUCAAAUCCAUUCUCAACCAGAUCUAAUUCAACGCGUUGCCAGCCCAAAGCUCAUUGCCCAAACGGGCCUCACGCAAUCCGAUCAAAGUCUCAGCUCAGACUCGAAUCAAAACUACUCUUAUGGCACCCAAGUAGCUUACAAUGAGACCACAGCGCGACGUUUUACGCGCCCGCUGCAACACCAACCUUUGACCAACGGAUAUGGCGGCACGACAAGUCAAUUAAAUGGUCACGUGAGCAGCAACAACAAUGAAGAUGUCGCUCCCAUCGCCACAUCCGAAGUCACAAGCGACGAGGAAAAGUGUAAUAAUAACGAAAGUACGUCCAACAAGCAACAAGUAACUGAUGCAACUCCUCCCCCACCUCUUCCAGAUGUAGUUGUUUAAGAUCCGCAUCGUCGUCGUUUCGUCCGCGCUUUAAAUGUGUUAAAUUUUUAUGCAACUUCUUGAUGAUAAUAAAGCAACAUGAUGAUAAAAUAUAACCAAAAAAAAAAAGUAAAAAUAAAUAAAAAGAAGAAAUGGAGUGAUAUAAAGUAGUUUUGCGUAUUAAUAAUAAAAAAAUAAAAAGUAGUACCUUUUUUA